UCGUCGUAUUUCUUUGCGGGGCAAAUCAUGUUGUGCACGAAGCUCUCUUGAGUUUGUAAAACAGUAUAUUUUUCACAACAUGUUCAUGCAAUUUGCGCCUCAUAAAACCAGUGUAUUGACUUAACCUAAUAUUGGACACCGUGAUGGUUUAUCGUUAUCUAUGCCUCGUCUAGCUAUGCACAUAUCGGAGUGAAAAAUGAAAGUGAAAGCAGUUUCUGCAGGCCACGGGGGAAGUCCGAAGACAAAAUCAUAUUUCUCCAUGAUUUAACAACUCCAAACUACACCAGAACAGUCGAUAACACUGUCGAAGACAAACCAUGGCCAAUAUUUCAACAAUUUACAAGCUAUCGUUUCUCGCCUUUACUUACUUCAUACAAGUCUAUGGGACCAGCUGUCCAGUUCUGGAGUGCUGGUUUGUCCAGGAGAAACCAGGUCGAGGUGGGGGAUUCCCUGCUGCAAUGAUUCAGGAGAAGUCACUGCUGUAUAUCAGUACAGAGAGUGAACAAACCAAGUCACAGCAGGGACCAUCUGCAGACAUCAGCCAUGAUAGAGUCUACUACAUCACUGAUCCAGCAGCCAUCCUCUGCAGUUCCUCUCUGCACCCACCAGAGGGCUCAGUCCAUAAACCACAGUGUGAGAUAAACCCCUUCAUGCCCCAGCCCUCCACCGUUCAAUGGGCAGUCCCGCUCACUGACUCUGCCCACAGUCCUAUCUACCUGCAAGCUGACUGGUACUCUGCAGCCUUGCAGGGCCUGGACGGACAGCUGGCCCUAUCCAGUGUCAUGCGUGCUCCCACGGCAACCAAGGAACCCACUGUGGUGCUCAGUGUGUCCAGUCGAACCCCCUUGGUCCAUUCCAGACUCGGGGAACCGGUGGUUCUAGACUGUGGGUUCUGGGCGGAAGCCUCUUCUCCUCUCUCUGGCUCGGGCUUCGCCGUGGAGUGGCGCUACCAGUUCAGGGGCGAUGGCCGUCUGGUCCUGGCCUACGACGGCAAGACUGACCGAUUUGCCGAGACCAAGGAAAAGGGAGCGGGGCUAGACUUCACGGCUCUGCAUGAGACAGGAAAUGCCUCACUGAUCCUGCAGGAAGCUGAAGUGCGCCACACAGGGACCUACAUCUGCACGGCGUACUUGCCCUAUCUCCUGGCUCAGGUGGCAGUGGAGCUGGAGAUUGUAGAGCCUCCGUCCCUCUCCAUCUUCCCCUCCCCGCUCCCUCUCUCCGUGCCCGGACAGGUGGUGAAGGUGCAAUGCGAGGCGUCAGGAUUCUUCCCCCUCUCCCUGGAGUUCUACUGGGAGUUAACAGGGCCUGACGGUAAGGUCAGGCCCCUGGGUCAGGGCAGCGUGACAGGCCACAGGCAGGGCCCAGACAACACCUACAGCCAGACCACCCGUCUGGAUUUAGACUCAGCCAAGCUGGACCUUGGCCGUGGAGGGGAGGUCACCUGUGUGGCCGUCCAUCCUGGAGGCACCCGGCGGGCCAGCGUCACCCUCAAUGUCAUCGGUGUUAAUGGUCCCUCCAUUGAAGACUCCAUGGCGAUGGUUGCCGUGGCCCUGGGGCUCUAUGGUUUGAUCAAGAUCGUCUCCUGGACAUUUAGCUCUGGGUCCGAUGAUACUAACUCACAAGAGAAGAAAGUGAAGUAAAUGUGGAAACACCUGGGAUGAGUGUGAGUGUGUAAUGGAACCAACAAAGCUGGAAUUUCAGGAAUAAAAGUGCACCGUUUUGUGGAAGGUGGUACACGGAAAGAAGAUAUUGAGUUUCUGACAGCAGUUGAAAAUGAACGAUCUAACAAGUGGUCGGGAGAAUAAAAAUAUUUGAUUGGGUGACUGAUUUAAAUAUUGACAUAUUUAAAUACGUUUAUACAACUGUGAAUUCCUCUGUAGAAGAACUCAAGAGACUUGUGCACAUGAGCGUAUGUACAUAUGGAUGUAGAUAGUUGUGUGUUGUGUUAUUAGUGGUUCUAUUGGGUUAAUUGACCCUGGAAUUAAAGAUUGAACCCUAUCAUUAUUGGCUCUUCUAUUGAUUCUGAAGGUGAACAUAAGACAAAAUCCUUUCAAUUGGAAUUAGUAAUUCGCUGGAAGUGUGUUUAUAUAUUGUUUUCAUUUAGUUUGUUUAGGGUUUUAUUUCAUUUUAUCUUGCCUUGUAUAGACGGUAUAUAGGCUAUAGUGAUGUUUUGUUUUUUGCUAUUGAUGUUGCUACCACCACAACAGAAUUGUUAGAUUAGUGUAUUUGCCAGGAAUGAGCAACAACUUUGAGCAAAUGAGGACUAUUUGUGAUGGGAUGUAAUAACUUCUUAAUCUUCAAAGCAUUUUCCCCGUUGUUGAAUUUGUGUUAUUGGUCAUAAGUAGAUAAGAAGUACUUAUCAUAUGAAAGUCCUAGGAUCUUUUGUUUAGGGGUGCUUCUGCUUCCACACAAUUUGACUCACGGAUGUGAAUACUCAAUGUUUUCCUUGGUCAUAACCUAGCUGACUAAACUCAACUCCACGAUUUAGAAUGGAGUUGAGCGGCGACGAGUUUGUGCAUCAAGUCUCAGUCAGUGGAUUCUUGUAAAAAUGUACAUUCUUCCCACCCUGUACAUGUUUGUCCUGUGUCUCUGUUAUUUUUUGUGUGUGUUUUAAUUUAUCGUUUUUGAUUAAAGUACCGUUUAAUGUGA